AUGACCAGUGCACCGAAGCCUGUCCUGUCGCCGGAAGAUGAAGCCUACCUACGCGAAGUCACCGCCCAGUCGGAAUCUGUGCCCAUUGCAACACAGCAGAAUGAGCAGAUCCCAGCCGAAAGCCCUGCUGGGGCUUCUCUGCAACCUGCGAUCAGCGUACAAGCUGAAAACAUCCCUCUGCCUACCUCGCCGGGGGAGGAUUUAGCAAAGGAACUGGGUGAAGAGGGUAGGCAAGAGAGGAAGAACUCCCAGCCAACAUUGACAAGGUCGGAUACACCGAAGUCGGAGGUUUCAAAGCCUCAACAGAAGAAGAAACGGUGGAGUGCCAUGUUUUGGAAAAAAAACACAGAGAAGGAUAAAGAGGCCCUCGAUGCAAACAAAUCGCAAACCGAAGCUGCGACUCGUCCAACUACAUCGGAUACAUCAACAAACGGGAAAGACGCAGAUAAAGAUAAAGAUGCAGAGGAUAUGACAGAUAUUCUUGAGCGAUUGAACCUGGCUGCGGAUAACAACCGUGUAUUUUCGAUCAGUGAGGAGACACAGGAGCUUUUACGCAAGUUCAAACUCAUCUUCAAAGAUCUGAUCAACGGAGUGCCAACUGCCUAUCAUGACUUGGAGAUGCUGCUGACCAACGGGAAUCGCCAACUGCAAGAAACCUAUACGAAGUUGCCUGGUCCCAUGCAAAAGCUGAUCGAGAAACUUCCCGAGCGUUGGACCGAGACAUUGGCGCCAGAGAUGUUGGCCGUUGCUGCCGACCGCGCCGGCAAGAGCGGUGUCAACAUGGAGAAUGUUGGCAAGGCCGCUGCAGCUGCAGAGAAGAUGGGGGUCAAUAUUCCAAGCUUAAAGGAACUUGUGUCGAAGCCAGCUGCUCUGGUAGGAAUGCUGCGAUCCAUUAUGACAUUCCUGCGAGCUCGAUUCCCUGCUGUUAUGGGCAUGAAUGUGCUCUGGUCCUUGGCAUUGUUCAUCCUGCUCUUUGUCUUGUGGUACUGCCACAAACGCGGACGCGAAGUCCGUUUAGAGAAUGAGCGUCUGGUGACGGAAGAAGAGAUCGCCAAGCUCAACCAAGACACCUCCGAGGGUCUAAUUCGUCCUACUGAGACUUUGACAACGACCGCACCGCCGGGCGCUACGUCUGAUGAAAUACGCGAAGGCGUUCGAAAGGUAGAGGAGGCCCGCGCCGCUCCUGUCGAACCUGCUGGCCCCACCGAAGUGGAUAGCGAAAACCAACAAAGUACUCCACAAAGUACUCGGCCGGCGGCAGUUCCCACCCGGUCGAAAUCACGUUUGUCGAUGUUUGGUCGAGCCAAGACAGAGCCCAUGCCUAAUGAUGUUGCGCCUUAUCCCGGCACUUGA